UAUCAGUUUUUGCCAAGAGAACUUACGAAUCACUUGCAUCCCAAACAAGGUUUCUCACCGAGAGUUGUUGCGUUUCUGCAUACAUAGCAUACUUCCACAGAAUCCAUGGCGAAAUACUGGAUGCUGCUCCACUUCUUGGCGGUCCUCUUGCCCGCGGCGAGCGCCACGUCAUGCCACGUCGACGACCUCCGCGCGCUGAGGGACUUUGCCGGGAACCUCAGUGGUGGUGGCGUCCUCCUCCGCGCCGUGUGGUCCGGCACCUCGUGCUGCGGCUGGGAAGGUGUGGGCUGCGACGGCAAAAGUGGACGCGUCACGACGUUGCGGCUUCCCGGUCGUGGCCUUGCGGGGCGCAUCCCAGGAGCAUCGUUGGCGGGCCUGGCAUGGCUUCAGGAGCUCAACCUUGCCAGCAACAGACUGGUCGGCACCAUCCCAUCGUGGAUUGGUGAGCUUGACCACCUUUGCGACUUGGAUCUCUCCGGUAAUUCACUGGAUGGGGAGGUACCCAAGAGUUUGAUACGGCUUAAGGGCCACGCCGCCGCUGGUCGUUCAUCAGGUAUGACUUUCACUAACAUGCCAUUGUAUGUGAAGCGUAACAGAAGAACACUCCAACAACAACAACCAAAUAUCAUAUCCGGGACCAACAACAAAGUACGGUCUGGUAGAAACAAUGUUGUAUCCGGGAACGACAACGCUGUCAUAUCUGGGAACAACAACACUGUGGCGGGGAGCAAUAAUACCAUCACAACUGGGAGUGACAAUACCGUAACCGGUAGCAACCAUGUCGUAUCUGGGAGCAAACAUAUCGUAACAGACAACAACAAUGUUGUUUCUGGGAUUGACAAUAAUGUAUCCGGGAGCUUCCACACCGUAUCUGGGAGUCUCAAUACCGUAUCCGGGAGCAACAAUACUGUAUCUGGGAGCAAUCAUGUUGUGUCUGGGAGCAACAAAGUCGUGACAGGAGGUUAAUGGAUUCUCAGUCAAUCUAGCUCACAAUCACUUGGUGGGGCCAAUCGUGUUAUGUAACUUCAUGGAUAUAGCAUCCUUUUCCUACUUUAAAUAAAAUUUCCAGAAAUUAUCUUA